UGCGUGCGUGCGUGCGUGCGUGCGUACGUGAUGGAGACCGACCCGGCCGCCGAGUCCUGGUCGUCGGGCCCGGCGACGGGUGAGAGAUCGUCCUGCCUGGAGGCGUCGAUGCCGCGAAAAUUCCGCGACGGGACCCGCUGCGCGGGGACCGUCAGCCUGAAUUGGGCGAUGUGCGCCCUCUGCCUGGUCAGCCUCACCGUGUCCGGCGUGCUCUUCUACCGCGAGCUCAGCCUGGAGUCCAGGAUCGCCAAUCUGGAGGCCCGCUGCCAGCGCGUCCAGGAGUCCUCGCCGGAUGUCCUUGUGCAGAGGCUGAAGCGGGAGGUGCAGGAGCAGCUGCAGCAGCAACGGCUCGCGCCAGCUGAGCCUGGUGCCCUUUUCAGGCCCAAACGCGAACUCUCCGAGUGCAACUGUCCACCAGGUCCACCCGGUGAGCCAGGUCCACCCGGAAAGAGGGGCAAGAAAGGAAAGAAGGGUGAUACCGGGGAACCCGGGGCGCCGGGUGUGGCCGGGACGCCGGGCAAGAACGGUUUUCCGGGACCGAUCGGCUUGGACGGACCCAAGGGCGAUCCGGGCCGACCCGGGGAUAAAGGACAAAAGGGUGAACUGGGCAGCCCCGGGUUUGACGUUCUUUCCGCAGUGAAGGUCAAUGCACAGGGAUUGGGGUUAAAGAGGUCGGUGACGACGCUCCGCGGUGGGACGCUCGGCUACGCGGAAAUCGUCGCCCUCAAGGGAGAGCCGGGUGAACCCGGACCGCCGGGACCACCCGGUCCGUCAGGAGCCGAAGGUCUUCCUGGACACGAGGGCAGACAGGGGAUUCCAGGCGAGGUUGGCGCACCAGGGGAGAAGGGCCCGCCUGGGCCGAUGGGGCCCGUCGGCCCGCCGGGAACGUCAGGAAUUGCGGGUCCCAAGGGUGACAAGGGUGACAAAGGCGACCGAGGCUUCACGACGACUUUGAAGGGCGAACAGUUCCCGAGUGGAGUAUUCGAAGGCCCACCUGGUCCACCAGGACCACCUGGGCCCCAAGGCGAGAAAGGAGAAGUGGGCCCAACGGGACCGCCCGGCAUGCCCGGCGAGAAAGGUGCUCGGGGAAAGCCAGGGAAGAGGGGUUUCAAGGGUGAGAGCGGUGUGACAUUGGCGAGGGGUGCUCCCGGCCUGCCGGGUCUGAAGGGUGAGCCCGGCGAACGGGGUUACCGGGGCGAUAAGGGCACCAUGGGAGAUGCGGGUUUACCAGGGCCCAAGGGAGAGACGGGACUGCAGGGCUUGCAAGGGCUCAACGGAACCGACGGCGAUCCCGGUAUCCAAGGACCUCCUGGAUUACCAGGAAUAUCCGGACCCAAAGGUGAAAAAGGCGAGUAUGGCGAUAUCGGUCCCCCCGGCCUUAUGGGACCUCCGGGUCUACCCGGUCCGCCGGGCUAUCCUGGGCUAAAAGGCGAGAAGGGAGAAAAAGGCGAAUCGAAGUACAAAAAGCUCAGGCGAAGACAGGGUGACGGUACGUUCGAGGUGAACGCCGGGGAAGUGAUAAUGGGCCCGCCUGGACCUCCAGGACCCGCUGGUACUUCGGGACUGCAGGGUCCACCCGGAAUCAAGGGUGACAGAGGACACGAUGGCGCCAAGGGCGAUCCUGGAGAAAAGGGUACCAAAGGGGAUCCUGGUCCGAUGGGACUGCCCGGACCCAUGGGACUGAGGGGAGAGUCCGGAAAACCCGGGGAUUCCGGGAAACCUGGCGCCACGGGAGUACCAGGAUUAGACGGCAUGAAGGGUGCGCAGGGCGAGCCAGGGACGAAGGGAGAAAGGGGAGAUCCGGGAUUGCCUGGUACCGACGGGAUUCCCGGCCACGAGGGACCGAAGGGAGAGAAAGGUGCCAAAGGCGAAUCUGGACCCCCGGGUAAACGCGGCAGGAAAGGCGACAAAGGCAACAAGGGAGAUCAAGGUGUUCCGGGAUUGGAUGCACCAUGUCCGUUGGGACCAGACGGACUUCCUUUGCCGGGCUGCGGCUGGAGGCCACCGCAGCAGGACAUCACGAGCACGUCCUCGCCGGCGAUGGAGGGUCCCGAACCCGCGGAGACGGAUUACGAGGAGCCGGAGGACGAGUACGACGACUAUACGGACCCGAACGGGAACCUAGCCGAGCAAUAAUGCUCGUUUUUGUGCGCUGCCCUAAUCACUACCGACAACUACCGCUACCAACACCACCAACAUCACCACCACCGCUACCCUCAUCACUCGUCUCACCCCGUUCUCCCAAACUAACGUGGUCCCGGUAAAUUGCAAGCCCCGUGCCGAGAAGCAACAUCUUGCGCCAAUGGUUGGAAGAGGAGGAGGAAGAGGAAGAGGAGGACGGGCGGCAGUGAUGUUGCAAGGACAAUAGCGCAUUUUUCAUAAGGACUUCUGUGUAUAUCCUCCCGUUCCCGCCUUCGUCUCGUUACGACGACCGCGUUACAACAAAAAAAAUAUAUAUAUAUACAUAUAUACAUAUUAUUAUAUAUAUGCCAAAAUAAUCAUCUUGCCAUCGAGUGUUGUAAAUAUGUGUACUUACAGUGUUUAGCGUCCGCAGUGCGUGUACAUAAAUAAUUAGAGCUUACUGCGAAUCUAUACGAUCGUGUUCCGACGAGACAUCGUCGCCUCAUGUACGGUUUGCCUGUAAACGUCGCACAUAUGCAGACACACACAAGUAUACGGUGAUCGAUCCGCAAUCGACGCUUCCAGUACCACCACAGUGCACGGCUUGUCCGCUGCGUGAGAGAGCGAGAAAAUCUAGGAGAUUCGGCGACUCUGUCCAAACCAUCAUUAGGAUUGCGGAGGCUAUUGGGAGUAAGCGAACGAAGUAAUCCCGGAAAAGUUCCAAACGAAGUGCGCGAGGGACGUUUCGGACGAGAGUUUCGCGACGGUGAGAAGAGAGUUGCGAGAGGUACGCGUUCGCUCGUUGAGCCCUCAACACCCUUCUACGAGUGGAUUGUGCCACCGAAGGACAUUCUCCGCAGAUUCUGGAGCGAGGCACAGGCGAGGAAGGGAAAAAAACAUCGUCGAUGGAUUAGUUUCUUAGCUGAAGCGCGUGCUCGAAAUUUUUCUGCGAGCGUUUCUCCUCGCGCGAGAAUCUGCAAGAAUCGUAUCGCUGCGCGACACAUACACGUGUACAGAGAUCUUUGGGGAAAUUCCUUAAAACUGUGUGUGUGUAUACCCACCGCCCCUUGUUUGCCGUAGCAAGCAAGAUUUGUUUGCGCCGAAAUCGCCUAUCAGCUGAUCCUACGAUAAAGACGGCUAAUCCGUACCUGUGAGAAAGAACGAUCUUCGCGAUACUAAAAGCUGUAGGAGGAAGGUAGACUCGCGCGUAGACGCUCGCCAAAAAAAAA